AUGUUUUCUCCCUUGCGCUGUCGUUGCCAAAUUAACCUAUGGUCCAAAUACCAGUUCUUGAAUCCCCGAUCUUUAUCGUCUUCCUGUUCAUCUCCGCCUGGCGAGACCCCAUAUCCUUUCCCAUCCCAUAAUCGUCCGACCCCGCACCAGAUAUUUCAUCUACCUCAUGGGGCGUCGCAAACUGAUAUAAAGGCUCGAUAUUACGAACUGGUGCGCAUACACCACCCUGAUUCUAUCCACGGUCGGUCUAUAUCACCCAGGUUGCGGCAUGCGCGCUUUCAAUCUAUAACUGCGGCAUACGAUGCUCUUCGUGGAAAGAGAGCGCAUGCCAAUGUUGACCCCUAUACCGAGGAGAUAUUGAGGCGAAAGCGAGCAUAUUACGCCCACUACGGGCACAGGCCUCGAGCAGAACACGCAUAUUACCGAGGCAGACAUAACUGGCACGCCAGCGCGGAUGACCGCUGGAAGGACAGAAUCAUCCUCGCCGUCGGAAUAACAGCCCUUGUCGCGGGGAUUGCCCCAGGCUUGUAUAUGUUCCCUGCGAGCAUGGAAAGAAAACAUCUGGCUGCCGUUGCAGGUCUUGCUCAAGCGCGGAGUGAGGCUCGUGAAAUAGGCGACGAGCGUAUGAGAGAGCUCCACAAACGAGCAAAGGAGAUAAGGUCGUCAAGGACAGAACGUUGA